GCCGGGGAGGCCCGGAGGUUUUGAGGCUACCGUGCGCCGCGCGGAGAGGGGAGCGGACUGGAGCAGGGGUAGUCGCUUCUCGGCGCCGCCAUGCAGGUCUCUAGCCUCAACGAGGUGAAGAUUUACAGUCUCAGCUGCGGCAAGUCUCUUCCCGAGUGGCUUUCUGACAGGAAGAAGAGAGCACUACAGAAGAAAAAUGUUGAUGUCCGUAGGAGAAUUGAACUUAUUCAGGAUUUUGAAAUGCCUACUGUUUGUACCACUAUUAAGGUGUCAAAAGAUGGACAGUAUAUUUUAGCAACAGGAACAUAUAAACCUCGGGUUCGAUGUUAUGACACCUAUCAGUUGUCCCUGAAGUUUGAAAGGUGUCUCGAUUCAGAAGUUGUCACCUUUGAAACUUUGUCUGAUGACUAUUCAAAGAUUGUCUUUUUACAUAAUGAUAGAUACAUUGAAUUUCAUUCACAAUCAGGUUUUUACUAUAAAACCAGAAUACCAAAGUUCGGGAGAGAUUUCUCUUACCAUUAUCCGUCCUGUGACUUGUACUUCGUUGGCGCAAGCUCUGAAGUUUAUAGAUUAAACUUAGAACAAGGACGGUACCUGAAUCCUCUGCAAACUGAUGCUGCGGAGAAUAAUGUUUGUGACAUCAAUUCAGUGCAUGGCUUGUUUGCCACAGGAACAAUAGAGGGUCGAGUGGAGUGUUGGGACCCAAGAACUCGAAACAGAGUAGGCCUGUUAGACUGUGCGUUAAGUAGUGUCACAGCCGAUUCAGAGAUAAACAGUUUACCCACAAUCUCUGCUUUGAAAUUUAAUGGUGCCUUGACCAUGGCCGUUGGAACAUCCACAGGGCAGGUUUUGUUAUAUGAUCUUCGAUCUGAUAAGCCAUUGCUAGUUAAGGAUCACCAAUAUGGGCUGCCCAUUAAGACAGUUCAUUUCCAGGAUUCAUUAGAUUUGAUUUUGUCAGCAGACUCUCGAAUUAUCAAAAUGUGGAAUAAGAACUCAGGAAAAAUAUUUACUUCGUUGGAGCCAGAACAUGACAUUAAUGAUGUCUGCCUCUAUCCCAGCUCAGGAAUGCUUCUCACUGCCAAUGAAACCCCCAAGAUGGGUAUCUAUUACAUUCCGGUUUUGGGUCCUGCUCCCAGAUGGUGUUCCUUCUUAGACAACUUGACAGAAGAAUUAGAAGAGAAUCCAGAAAGCACAGUUUAUGAUGAUUACAAAUUUGUCACCAAGAAAGACCUUGAAAAUUUAGGGCUCACACAUCUCAUUGGAUCACCUUUUCUCCGGGCCUAUAUGCAUGGAUUUUUCAUGGAUAUAAGACUCUAUCACAAGGUGAAAUUGAUGGUGAAUCCAUUUGCUUAUGAAGAAUAUAGAAAGGAUAAGAUCCGACAGAAGAUAGAAGAAACACGUGCACAGAGAGUCCAAUUAAAGAAAUUGCCAAAAGUUAACAAAGAGCUGGCACUUAAAUUAAUUGAGGAAGAGGAGGAGAAGCAAAAAUCUACAUGGAAAAAGAAAGUUAAGAGCCUUCCUAAUAUUCUCACCGACGAUCGAUUUAAAGUUAUGUUUGAGAACCCUGACUUCCAAGUAGACGAAGAAAGUGAAGAAUUUAGGCUUUUGAAUCCACUUGUUUCAAAAAUUAGUGAAAAAAGGAAGAAGAAACUAAGACUCUUAGAGCAACAGGAACUUCAUGAAAAAGAAGAGGAGGAAGAACCGGAAGGAAAACCAAGUGAUGCUGAAAGUUCUGAGAGUUCAGAUGAUGAAAAGGCCUGGGUUGAAGAGGUCAGGAAACAGCGCAGACUUCUCCAGCAGGAGGAAAAAGUGAAGCGGCAGGAGCGACUCAAGGAGGACCAGCAGACAGUCCUCAAGCCCCAGUUUUAUGAGAUCAAAGCAGGAGAAGAAUUCAGAAGCUUCAAAGAUUCUGCCACGAAGCAGAAGCUGAUGAAUAAAACUCUUGAAGAUCGUUUGAAACUUGAAGCGAAAAAUGGGACAUUGAGCGUAUCAGACACCACGGUUGGCAGCAAACAAUUGACAUUCACAUUAAAGAGGUCUGAACAGCAGAAGAAGCAACAGGAGGCGGAGAAACUGCACCGACAAGAGAGGAAAACCCUCCGUCGUUCAGCUGGUAACCUGAAGUCAAGACACAGGAGGGGCCGGCCGUUUCAUUGAAUCUGGAAGUGAUCCUGCAUUUGAUUUGGAAGGAGCACGUCUCCCCCAGAUCGGUCAUCAUGAGAGGACAUUAUGCACAGACAGGGGAACACACAUUUUAGAAGUUCCGUGUAAACUCCUGAUAUACCUACAGAGGUAAAGAUUUGACAACUUAUCCCUAUACCUAUACCUUGUGGGUCACACUUUGAAACUGGGCCCCCCCAUGGGUCAGUGCAUCGCUCCCAGGGUGCUUUUUGUAAGUUGUUGCUCCCCAUAAACAUUGUCCUUUUUCCCCUGGGUUUAAUCAAGUAAACCAGGUUUUUGCUUUUUAACAUUGUGAAAUGUGUACCAUGUAAAUGGGAGGUUAUCCUGUGUUAAAAACCAAGAUUGAUCAUGUUUUAGGAACUUUUUUUCUUGCAAUGCCUGCUGCCAUUCACGACUCAACCACCCAGAAAUAUCAUUCCUGCCUUACCUAACGCGCAGGUGUUGGUCGUCUUUGUGUUUAUAAGUGUAUGUUGGUAGAUUUGUUGCUUGUUUAUGUGUUAGUUUGGGAAUUUUUAAAAAAUAUUUUUAUACCUAGAGAAUAUAAUUUAAUGGUAAUAACAACCUUAAACAAGAAAUAGAAGCUACUGGUUAUUCUUUUAACUUGGCACAAGAUUAAAUACAGAUUUUUUUCUGUUUCUUAAGUGCAGUUAGAGAUAAAAACAUUUAUAAAAAUAAAUACUUUCAUUUGAACAGGUUUUUUGAGAAAGACACAUUCCUUGGGUUAACUUGAAAAUUAGGUUUGGUUUCCUUAGUUUUUCAAGUAUUAAUGUGAUUUUGGAGGCGCGUUUCUUUAUGUAUAGCUGGAAUAGUAUCUCUUUGGACCGUAGAUGAUAGAAUCUGACUUGAAAUGCCGUAGGCAGAAAGGCAGAGUGAAUUAGUUAACAUGCACAGGCUGUAGCACCUGUAGCUGGUACAGGUGCCUCGGGGACACCUGGGUCUGGGCUCCAGGUUUAGUCAGGUCUCUCUCCCUCUCCUUUUCCUCCUCCUUUCUCAACACUCUUCCUGAUGUCUGCAGUCUCCCCUUCUCUCUUUCCUUGAUGUCUUUCCCUCCCCUCGUCGUGUAUCUGCACUCUUCUCUGCAGACUGGUUCACUCCCCCAGGCAGAGAACAGUGGGUCAUAUGUCCACUUCUGUGGUCUGAGAGAUGGAGUCUGUUUCCAGAAUAAGUGUGUGUGCGCUCGUGUGUGUGCUCACGUGUGUGUGCAUGUGGGCACACACGGUCACCAGAGAGACUCUUGUUACCUAGGUGGCCAACCCAACUUGUGUUGUGGCUCCAGAGGGUCCUCCACCUAUUUCAGUCCCUGGUGCCAGCUGCUUUUCAUCCCACUGACUCCUCUUCAUGAACCUUCUCUUCCCAAAGGAGGGGGCUUCAGCUUUCCUGUGGCUUUCUCUUCUCUAUUUCCCACAUUGCUUCCUUAGAGAUGAAAGUUUCAGAAGUUGUUAAAGAAGGACACUGCUGGCUGGAGUUUUUCCCCGGGGCUUGAGUGGUUGUGCUCCAAACCUGUCUCCUGGGGUCAGGUGCUUCCACACCUCUACCUGCCUUCCCAGGCCUCUUUUCUUUCCUUCUUUGGGGGUUCUCCCUGUGGUGUGGGAGCCAGUAUGCCAUGGUGUUAAAUCCCAGAGCAGCGCUGCAAGCUAGCAGCAGAGUUCAUUUGCUCUGUGAAACGGAGGCUCAUCUAAGACUGGGCUUCAGAGCAUCACCAGGUUGGGGAGGAUGGUAGGAUCCAUUCUGGACCCUGGGACACUGGCACGGAGCCAGCUUGACCCGGGUUGAGUCCCAGCCCUGUUGCCUACCAGUUCUGUAUCCUUUGACUAUUUAUUUAACCUGUUUGAGUCUUGUUUUCUCCUUUAAAAUGAGCCUAAUACUUGGUUUCUGUGAGAAUUGAAUGAGAUACUUACGUCAGGUGAGCAUCUAGCACAAUGUGAGCCUCUUGAGUCCUUGAUAAAGCUGCUCUCUCGCCAGCCACCAUUCCCUCACCUCUGCACACACACCCCUCUAAACCCAACAUGUUUCUUAAUAUUGAGGUUUCUCUAGAGCAGAGGUGCCCCUCAGCUUUUGUUCUGGGGGAUUCCUGAAAGGGCACAUGGAGGGCCUGAACUGAAUCUGUGAAGAACAUUCAAGAAAGACUUGCUGAAUAGAUAGUUGCACGAAGACUUCCUCCAGGGUAUUCUUUAUCCCUAUUGAUCCCUUAAAAUAGCCCCGCCUCUUAAGGGUUGAGAUUCCUGAAGUACCUGCUACAAUCCUUACAUUCCUUUGAAGUCUCCUGUUUUAAAAAUGUUAGACAAGUAUCAUACCCUGUAAUUAUUCUGUGUUUGUGGUAGAUUACUUACUGGCCCUAGGACAUGGCUGUGUUUCUCCUGGGUCUCCUCCAGGAAAGUGUGUACAGGGUAUUCAUGAGCCAGGCGCAGCCUAAAGAUGUGGUUUUUACAUCAGGACCAUCGUGGGGGGUGGGGGGGGGGUCACUGAGUUACCACUUCUCCCCUAAUUCUGCUCCAGAUCCCCCUCAUUCUCUGAUAUCCCUGACCUGUUGCUCAAAUAUUUUUUUUUGCUAUUAAAAAAAAUUGUUUUCGGCA